AUGUCUGAACGCAAUAGAAGUUAUUAUGCAACUGGUAUUCCUGAAUAUCUAACGGGAUCAACUGAUGGGAAUCAAACAUACAGUUCUUACGAUAGAAAUGAAAUUCAAUCACUGAGAAACUCGUACCAUCACUUGCAAAAUCUUGUUUUUACUCUUCAAAAAUCGCUGGAAAGAGAGCAAGAAAGGAACGAUAGAAAAGGACUUUUUGCUCAAGAGCAGUUUGCAAAAGACUUCCAAAGAAAAAUUGAAAUCAAGGAGGACCAGCAGUCAACCCUUGUUGAUUCGUUGAAACGACAGAUCGAGGAGCUUUCCUUGAAGAAUGAUUUGCAUGAGAUGAAGUUCAAGAUGAUGGAAAAGAAGAUUGAUGAACUUGAGGAAGAAAUAAAACGAUCUAAAGAGAAAACCGUCGAUGAAACAGGGCAUCAUGAUCAAUUGAGGCAAGAAAGAGUGCCAACACAACGGGUGAAUAUCAAAGUUUAUCGCCCACGUCAACAACAAUGGCCUCCAAAACCAUGCUUUGGUUUGAGGAAAGAUACGAGAAAUAUGUAUUUUAAAACAACCAUCUACGCCUCUGAUAAAUACAGAAAUUCGACGGACCAAGAAAUUCAAGAAAAGAUGAACUCUGAAUGUGCUUUCGACAUUCUUCAAGAACUUCACCAAGAGAAGGAGAUGCGUCUCGGUAAAAAGCCGCCAUUCAGAAAAGUAGUAGAAAAAGGCGCACGAUACAUGCAUUUCCUCGACAAUAAAAUUUAUCAACAGAUCGAUGUGAUUGAUGGAAAUCUAAGAAAAGUCCUAACAGAUGGCGCGCAGAAUGAAGGACUCUGGAUAGCGAAAGAAUGUGAAACACCUCAAAUGCUUCCUGAGGACGCGGAUGAAAUAACCGAAGAGGAAUUUUUGUCCAUCGCGAACUCUGAAAAUGAAGAUUAA